AUGGACCAAAACAGCAUCAUGGCUAACGCUAACUCACCAAACGGAGAAGAGGACGAGAUCCAGAGAAUCGUGCAAGGAAGGCUGGCACUCUAUGGGCCAAAUCCACCGGUAGAAGUGGUAACCCAGCUUCUCAACGCAGCAAUGGAGGAGGCGAGAAAAAAAAGAGCCUACCAUAUACAGGUACUGACCGCCCCGAGAACAGAGAGCCCAACAGUACUACCGAUGGGAACCCUCAGUGAGCGGAAAAAG